GGGCGGAGCCCAGCCGCCUCUAAGGCGCUCUGAGUCCGGUAACCAUCAAGGGCACCAGGCGGUUAUUCUGGUUACCGCUGGGGCGCAGCGCUGGGAGGACAGCUGCGGUCCGCGAGGGAUGCUGGUGAGGAGGCCGUGGGGGGCCGCCGCCGCCUUUUGAGGGGAGCGCUCUGGAAACUGCCGUUCGGCGGCUGGAAGGUUCCGGGGCUGGUGGAGGUCUCGAGGUGGGGGCUGCGCUUCCCAGCGCCGGAGCUGCAGUCUCGAGUCCGAGGUCGUCUUUGGUGGGAGAAAGCAGACCUGCGGUUCCCCCGAGCUUGGCGGUCCCAGGGAAGAGAGGUACUCACUCCGCGCCGCCGGCAGCCCUCGCGCUUUCCGCCCAGGCUGGACCGUCGCUGUCGGAGGUGGCGCGGCCGCGUUUUUCCCAGCGCAAGAUACUUGUCACCCUGUUCCUCUUCUGAAAGGGCAUCUGCUGCUGGUGGGAGAGAAGAGCAAUUUUACAGCACGAAAGGCCACCGUCAAAAUUUAGGACCUCAUCCACAGUAACCCCUAGGGCCCGCCUCCCUCCUCAAAAAAAAGAAGAAAAAAAAAAAGUAAACACACGGAUUGCUUAAAAGAGGAGAGCCUGAUCGGGAGCUGUUGGAGCAGCUGAUUUUUAAAUACAGCUUUUUAAAUCCGGGACAACUUACUCCUCUUCAAGUACUUUUUACUUUUUUAAUGAUUUUGUAAAUUAGUCUGAUUUGAAUUGUAAUCCUGUGACUGUGUUUAUUGGACUUUGGCCGGUUCCCCGCGCUUUUUUUGGACAACACAUUUUGGGGAGAACAUCUAAGCACCAAAACUUUAACCAGGAAAAAAAAAAAAGAGGAUCUCACCGUUGACCCGGUGUCACCGAAGAAGCCUUUAAACCAUGUGGACCUUUCUCGGCAUUGCCACCUUCACUUAUUUUUAUAAGAAAUGCGGGGACUUCGUCUCUCUGGCCAACAAGGAGCUCUUGCUGGGCGUGCUGGUAUUCCUGUCGCUGGGGCUGGUGCUGUCCUACCGCUGUCGCUACCGGAAUGGGGCCCUCCUCGGGCGCCAGCAGAGCGGCUCCCAGUUCGCCGUCUUCUCGGAUAUUCUGUCAGCCUUGCCUUUAAUUGGCUUCUUCUGGGCCAAAUCCCCCACUGGUUCAGAAAAGAAAGAGCAGCUUGGGUCUAGGAGGGGCAAAAAGGGAUCCAAUAUUUCAGAAACAACCUUAGUAGGAGCAGCUGCCUCUCCAUUGAUAUCUUCUCAGAAUGAUCCAGAAAUUAUCAUCGUGGGAUCUGGUGUACUUGGCUCUGCUUUGGCGGCGGUGCUGUCCAGAGAUGGGAGAAAGGUGACAGUAAUUGAGAGAGAUUUAAAAGAGCCUGACAGGAUACUCGGAGAAUAUUUGCAGCCAGGCGGUUGUCAUGUCCUUAAAGACCUUGGUCUUGAAGAUACAAUGGAAGGUAUUGAUGCCCAGGUUGUAGAUGGCUACAUCAUUCAUGAUCAGGAAAGCAAAUCAGAGGUUCAGAUUCCUUUCCCUCUAUCAGAAAACAAUCACGUGCAGAGUGGAAGAGCUUUCCGUCAUGGAAGAUUCAUCAUGGGUCUCCGGAAGGCAGCUAUGGCAGAGCCCAAUGCAAAGUUUAUUGAGGGCACUGUGCUGCAGUUAUUAGAAGAAGAGGAUGUCGUUUUGGGGGUUCAGUACAGGGAUAAGGAAACCGGAGACAUCAAGGAACUCCAUGCUCCAUUGACUAUUGUCGCAGAUGGACUUUUUUCCAAAUUCAGGAAAAACCUGAUCUCCAAUAAAGUUUCUGUUUCCUCUCAUUUUGUUGGCUUUCUUAUGGAGAAUGCACCACAGUUUAAAGCAAAUCAUGCUGAACUUGUUUUAGCUAAUCCGAGUCCAGUUCUCAUCUACCAGAUUUCACCUAGUGAAACUCGAGUACUUGUUGACAUCCGAGGAGAAAUGCCAAGGAAUUUAAGAGAAUACAUGAUUGAAAACAUUUACCCACAACUACCUGAUCACCUGAAAGAACCGUUCUUAGAAGCCUCUCAGAAUUCUCAUUUGAGAUCCAUGCCAGCAAGCUUCCUCCCUUCUUCGCCAGUAAAUAAACGAGGUGUUCUUCUUUUGGGAGAUGCACAUAACAUGAGGCAUCCUCUCACGGGAGGAGGAAUGACUGUUGCUUUUAAUGAUAUAAAACUGUGGAGAAAAUUGCUAAAGGGCAUCCCUGACCUUUAUGAUGAUGCAGCUAUUCUCCAGGCCAAAAAAUCAUUCUAUUGGACAAGAAAAAUGUCUCAUUCCUUUGUUGUGAAUGUCCUUGCUCAGGCUCUAUAUGAAUUAUUUUCUGCCACAGAUGAUUGUCUCCCAAUCCUCUGGUUUUAAUUGGACACUUCUUUGCUGUUGCAGUCUAUGCCACCUAUUUUUGCUUUAAAUCGGAGCCCUGGAUUACAAAACCUCGAGCCAUCUUCAGUAGUGGCGCUGUACUGUACAGAGCAUGUUCUGUGUUAUUUCCUCUGAUUUACUCAGAAAUUAAGUACUUGGUUCAUUAAGCUUAACAGGGAACCACUGGUGAAUGAGUACUGACUUCCAGUUCACCAGGUCUCAAGAGACUUGGGAGGACAUGUAUAUAGCACAGUACUAUCCCACUUCUAAAGUGGAAACUCCUGGACCAAGAUUGGGAUUGAUUUGUUUUUGAAGUUCUUUGUAUAUAAACAUGUAAAUAUAUACUUUGGUUUGCAAUUUAAAAUGAAGGGUAAAAUAAGAUAGUAUUUAAAAGAAAUGAUUGUUACCAUAAAUUAGUGCUAACACUGAGGAACUGCAGUUUGUCUUUUAAAUUCAGUAUCUGAGACAAGUCAUUGUGGGAUCUGCAAAUAAAAUGAAGAAUCAACUCUCA